ACGCCUCUCUAAUCUCUGUCUCACUCUUACUCAACUCUCAAGCUCACGGUGAGGCCUCUGUUCUGCCUCUGAAUCUCUCAAUUUUUUUUUCCCUUCUCACUGCCUCUGUUCUGCUUCUCAUCCUCACGCUCACGGUCACGAUCUGCUAGACUGCUUCUGGGUUUUUUUUUUUUUUUUUUUCCCCUCUGUCUCGGUCUCGCCCUCUCUGCUUCAGUGGCUUCAUCAAUCAUCAGUCUUAGUGAAGAGCAGAGCAGAACAGCCAAGUCGAAACGCCUCUCACUCCCUCAGAGUCAGCCUCCCUUCGCCUGAUGAAAUAGGGCUUGGAAUCCCGCCGUUAAACUCCUUUUUAAACCGAAGCGUGACUUUUUUAAGGUUUAUUUUAUUGUAUGGCAUACUCUGAUAUCCUGAAUUUGUUGUUGGCGUUUGGCGUUUGGUGUACCGCUUAUCUUGCUGUUGCAGUUCUCGCAUCUUUUCGCUUCUUCAACUCCCUCUGCCCAAAUUUGACCUAAACACACACACACACACAAACACCCGCUAUCAUGGGCUAUGCACAGCUUGUUAUUGGCCCUGCUGGCAGUGGCAAGUCAACUUAUUGUUCUAGUUUAUACCGACAUUGUGAAACUAUGCAACGGUCGAUACAUAUUGUGAACUUGGAUCCUGCUGCAGAGAAUUUCGACUAUCCUGUUGCUAUGGAUAUAAGGGAACUAAUUAACUUGGAUGAUGUCAUGGAGGAACUUGGAUUGGGUCCCAAUGGGGGCCUUAUGUACUGCAUGGAACACCUCGAAGAUAAUCUCGACGAUUGGUUGACAGAAGAAUUGGACAAUUUUUUAGAUGAUGACUACUUGGUUUUUGACUGCCCAGGCCAGAUAGAACUCUUUUCACAUGUACCAGUGCUGCGGAAUUUUGUGGAACAUUUGAAGCGUAAAAAUUUUAAUGUUUGUGGUGUAUACUUGCUUGAUUCACAGUUCAUGACAGAUGUGACCAAGUUCAUCAGUGGUUGCAUGGCAUCACUUUCUGCAAUGAUCCAACUUGAAUUGCCCCAUGUUAAUAUCCUCUCCAAAAUGGACCUCGUGACUAACAAAAAGGAUGUUGAAGAUUUUCUGAAUCCAGAGCCUCAGUUUUUGUUAUCAGAGUUGAAUCAACGCAUGGCUCCUCAAUUUGCUGAGCUGAAUAAAGCUUUGAUUGAACUAGUGGAUGGGUUUAGCAUGGUGAGUUUUGUGCCCCUUGACUUGAGGAAGGAGCGCAGUAUACAAUAUGUAUUAGCUCAAAUCGACAACUGCAUUCAGUAUGGUGAAGAUGCUGAAGUGAAGAUUAAGGAUUUUGAUCCUGAGGAUGAUGACUAGAUUUAUCAUAUCCGUUGACCGCAUGAAAAAUAUGUUGCUGGUGUGUCGAUAUGUAGGAUCAACUAGGCAUCACCUAAUUGUGUCUUGUGGAAAUGGCAUUUGAGAUAGGUUGAAACAAACGGUUUGCUUUUUACCGGGUGCAAACAAGUAAUGCAUUUUGAUAGUUAACAAUGAAAUCAUGCAUUACGGAGCUAAAAUGACCUAGGUUGAAACAGACGGUUUUCUUUUUACCAGGUGCCAAAAAUGACUGCAAUGCUUCAUGUAGAGGAACAAGCGGUUUGUUUUUAAACCUGUUCGAUUUUUCUAUCUAAUGGAAACCUCGUGCAUUUUGCUCA